CAGUCGGCUUUGCAUGUUUCACAACUGCCCUGGAAUUAAUGGGGAUUCUCAAGUCCAAGCAAACUUUACACUCCCUGAAGUUACUAAGCUAGCUGUGGAGGCUAAGUCUCGUUCCUUGCUAUUUUAUUUGUCAGCUCAGUGGAAAACUUGAAAUCAUCAACUGGAGAUGGUACAAGCAUGGUGCCUUUGGAUCUUGCUUCUUUUGCAUCAAAAGCUGAAGGAUACUGCUUAUAUGGAAAAGUAUCUUUAGAAUCACUUUAUAUGACUUGGGAGAGCUCUCCAAAUUUUAAUUUGGGACAGCGAGCUGAGAUCAUGUCAACUGUCGAGUUGCUUCCUUGUUUUUUGAAGUCAAAUUUUUUAAAUGAGGACAAGCGUGUCUCCAUUCAAGUUCCCCAUAACACUGAAAAUGUGAACAUGUCAAAGCAAGUUCAAAUAACAGUUUCUGCAGAAGAGUUGAGGGCCAAGGAAAAAUCUCAUUAUCAUACAUAUGGGGGCAGCGAAGUACCAUCUUCAUCAUUAUCUCAUAUCAUUCGGUUGAGGGAAGGAAACGUCAUAUUUAAUUACAGGUAUUAUCAGAAUAAGUUGCAGAGAACAGAAGUCACUGAAGACUUCUCCUGUCCAUUCUGUUUGGUUAAAUGUGCCAGCUUUAAGGGUCUAAAAUGUCACUUGCCGUCAUCACAUGAUCUCUUCAGCUUUGAAUUUGGGUCACAAUCAGAUGAAUUUCUUGCUGUAAAUGUGUCUGUGAAAACUGACAUCUGGAGAUCUGAGAUGAUUGCUGAUGGUGUUGAUCCGAAAUUACAAACAUUCUUCUUUUGUGCAAAGCCACUCAAGCGCAGAAGACUAAAGUCCUUUUCUUCCAAAAAUGCAAAGCGUGUGCAUUCUUUUCUCAUAGGUUCUGACUUUCCAGCAGAAGACAAUGAGCUUUUGGAGAAGGCUGACGAGAUUUCAAGUGCUAUGGGGCCUUUGCAUCCAGACCCAUAUAUCCAAUCAGUAUCUGAAAAUAAUCUUGGUGGGACUUCUGCAGUUCUACAGUUUGCAAAGACAAGAAAGCUAUCUGUUGAGCUUUCUGACCCACGAAAUUGUGCCCUCCUGAGGAAACGGCAGUUUUUUCACUCUCACAGAGCCCAGCCAAUGGCACUUGAACAAGUUCUAUCAGAUCAAGAUAGUGAAGAUGAGGUUGAUGACGAUGUGGCAGAUUUUGAAGAUCGAAGGAUGCUUGAUAAUUUUGUUGAUGUGACCAAAGAUGAGAAGCAAAUCAUGCAUAUGUGGAACUCAUUUGUUCGGAAACAGCGUGUUAUUGCUGACGGCCAUAUUCCAUGGGCAUGUGAAGCUUUCUCAAAACUGCAUGCCCCUGAACUUGUCCGAUCCUCUGCGCUAACUUGGUGUUGGAGAUUCUUUAUGAUUAAACUUUGGAAUCAUGCUCUUCUAGAUGCACGUACCAUGAACGAGUGUAAUCUAAUUCUUGAAAGACAUCAGAAGGAGAAUCCAGAUCCUAAUAGCUAAAGAAAGUUUUGCUUUUAGCAUUUCUUUUAAAUGUUGGCCAAUGCAAAAGGAGUCUUAAAAACCACAAUUUCAAGCCAACGUUAUGGAAGAUGCUUGAUUUCUUUGAUAUUUCGUCCUCGUCUUUUUUUCAGACAAUUGUAUCAAUAUCUGUCAAAACGGUAACUUAUUUUCUGAAUCACUGAUCAGGGAGUAGGGAAAUUGUUGAGAAAUUUAAUUUUUUAGGUGCAUGUUA